UGGAGGACAAGCUGUCAAAGUCUGGCAAAUAUAUUUUAAUUUAAUAAUUUUUGUCUGUUUUAAAUAAAAAAUGUUUCGGAGAGCGAUUUCUAGUGCUACUAAAUUGCACAAACAAACUUUAGGUAAUCAAAUUGUGCAAGUCAGGAACCAUGGUGGAACUGCCAAUUACCGCUGUGCUUCACGUCCUUCAAAAGAAAUUAAACUUCUCGGUGAACUUACUGGGGCUUUAAUGUGGUACUGGUGCUUGUACCAUAUUUGGACUGAACCGGAUCAUAUUUUAGGAGAGUUUCCUUAUCCUGAUCCUAGUAAAUGGACGGAUGAAGAGCUUGGUAUCCCAGCCGAGUAAUGAUGGAUAGUUAAUUGAUAGAAAUAAUUAAAUAUUGAAAUUUAAUGAAGUAUCUGGAUUGUAUAUGGUACUGCAAUUUGUAUAUAGAAAGUGAAUAAGAUGUGUUAAACGGUAGUGAAAUGGAAAAAA